UUAGUACGAACUUGGAAGCAGUUGAAGAAAAUAAGCACAGUACAUGUUUUUCUAAGAUAUUGCAGGAAUUAAAGUUAUAAGAAAAGUGACGGGACUUCACGAAGCUGUAUUUUUAAGGCAAACAACUAACUUUAUACAAGUACACAACACUAAAACAAAAACUACGACCAGACACUAACAAGCCGAAUAAGGGAAAGUUCCUGCCCACUAGCACAUCGUCAACUGACGCGGGAACGUGCUUCUUUACUCAUGCUCGCUACCGGGAGCCGGAACAUCACCGAGGCUGUACCGCAGAUUUAAAAAGGAAUUUUUUUUUUCGUAAGUAGCAGCAACAUAUUACAAAUUCAUUAAAUAAACAAUUUAAACCACCACCGCAGAUGUGCAUGACGUGGAAACGGAAUGCAGAUUCAGCAUUCCGUUUCACGCCUUUGAAUAUGGUCUUUAACACUGUUGACCAAAAAAGAUGCCCGGAAAUUCGCUCAGUGCGUUGUUUUGAGGGAAAGUAACCAGCUGUCGGUACUGUCAUUUGUGAUCAGAAUUCCCUGCACUGAUUUUCAUUCCAUUAUAUAGUUUACAGGAUUCCAGUUGACUUACCUACACUGUUGGCAUCUCCAACUUGGAAUCUGGUCCUUUGUGGUUUUACUUCUGUCUUAAUCGUUUGAAACGUCUGGAUUGUGUUCUCUUCUGCACGGAUCUAAGACUGUCACAGCAAUGGGUUUCUCGGCAGUGCUGUAUUUAUGGUUUAUAAUGGUCUCUGCAGCAGCUGAAGACGGGCAUUCAGAAGGAACCCCCGCCGUUCUUACAGAUCCGUGCAUUGCCCUAAGUCCUCCAUGUGCUUCAGAUGAGGACAGGUUCUGUUUGGAAGCUUUACGUACAAUUCACAAACAAAUGGAUGAUGAUGAAGAUGGUGGAAUUGAAGUAGAAGAAAGUCAUGAGUUCAUCAGAGAAGACUUGAAGUACAAAGAUUCUACAAACCGACACAGCAAAUUGCACAGGGAAGAUCAACAUAUCACCAUAGAGGAACUUUGGAAAAGUUGGAAGACCUCUGAAGUACAUAACUGGACUGUGGAUGAGACCAUUCAGUGGCUAAAUGAAAUAGUGGAAUUGUCACACUAUGAGAGAAGCUUUCGAGAAAAUAGUGUCAAGGGAUCUACCCUACCAAGAUUGGCUGCUAAUGAGGCUUCAUUUAUGAUUUCACAAUUGAAAGUUAUUGACCGAAGCCACAGACAGAAACUACAUCUGAAAGCCAUGGAUGCGGUGCUGUUUGGACCACCCACACGUCCACCGCACAACUGGACAAAGGACUUCAUCCUGAUGAUUUCCAUAAUAAUUGGUGUUGGAGGCUGCUGGUUUGCAUAUGUACAAAACAAAACCUCAAAAGAGCAUGUCACUAAAAUGAUGAAAGAUCUAGAAGGUCUCCAGACUGCAGAGCAAAGCCUUAUCAACCUGCAGGAGAGGCUUGAAAAGGCACAAGAGGAGAAUAGAAAUGUGGCUGUGGAGAAGCAAAACCUGGAGCUGAAAAUGCGGAGUGAGAUCAGUGAUGCCAAACGGGAAGCACGGAGACUGAGGGACCUAAGAGAGGGAGCCGAAAGUGAGCUGAGCAGGCUGAAGUAUGCUGAAGAGGAGCUUGUUCAGGUCCGUAUGGCUUUGAAGCAAGCAGAGAGAGAGUUUGAGCUGAGAAGUACCUGGUCCGUCCCAGAUGCCUUGCAAAAAUGGCUCCAACUGACACAUGAGGUGGAAGUACAGUACUACAACAUCAAGAAACAAAAUGCAGAAUUUCAGCUUGUAGUUGCCAAAGAAGAGGCAGAGAAGAUAAAGAAGAAACGAAAUACUGUGUUUGGAACAUUGCAUGUUGCCCACAGCUCCUCCUUGGAUGAAGUUGACCAUAAAAUUCUGGAAGCAAAAAAAGCACUUUCUGAAGUAACUUCUUGUUUACGUGAGCGUCUUCACCGCUGGCAACAAAUAGAACGGAUCUGUGGGUUUCAGAUUGUUCACAAUUCUGGACUGCCAAGCUUGACUUCCUCCCUGUAUGCUGAUCACAGCUGGGUAGUGAUGCCUCGUGUUUCUGUUCCACCAUAUCCCAUUGCUGGAGGUGUUGAUGACCUAGAUGAAGAUACUCCACCAAUCAUUCCACAGUUUCAGCCAUUGAGGGCUUCAAGCACUUUAUCGCGAAGUAGCAGCAUGUGUCGCUCUAGACGCUCUGGGAUGGCAUCCCCACUUUCCCAGCCUGUGCUGACAUCUGCUGACCCUGACAUCCUGUCAGUAGCCAGCUGCCCUGCAUACUAUCGGGCAGAAGAAGAUGAAGAGGGGCUUUACUUUACUACUGAAAAAAGGGAUGCCCAGGACACAGGAUCAGAGUGUGAUUCUUUAAACUCAUCACUGGGAAAGAAGCCCCCAUCUCCUGUAAGCCCUGAGGGGCAGCUGACGCCUUGCCGUAGAAUAUCCAAGGAAGAGUUGUCUUCAGAUGAACUAUCUACAACUGAUUCACAUGUCUUAGAUAAAAGUUCUUUUGACUCUAUUGGUCUCCCAGAGACAAGAAGCAUGGUUUUUAGUCCUUCCAGCAAGGUAUAUAAUGGUAUUUUGGAGAAAUCUUGCAGCAUGGGGCAGCUUAGUAGUGCAGUUUCAGCUUCAGCCAAUCACCACUCAUCCUUGUCAAGCACCAGUGAAAAACCUGCAAAAGAACCUCCUAGCCUUACCAAGAUUGACAAAGUUCCCCAGGAUGUCUGCCACAGUGAAGAAAAAGGCAAGAAGUCAAAAUUGAAAACCUUGUUUUCAAAGAAGAAAGCCAAGUGAACCAGUUAGAGGAAGCUGUUGUGGAAACAAGACUUCAUAUCUCUGAACAGUGCAGCUCUGUUCAUAGUGUUGUAACCGGAAACCACCUUGUAAUGCCUAUUAAGCCUCCUGCCUCAGCGGACUGAAGGUUGAAGGUCCUGCCAGUUAUCACUGGGAACUAAUUUUGAAGAGUGUGGACUGUUUACAGUCACUGUUGCCUAUUUAUUACUGCUUUAAGAACUUAGUUAGACCUAUUUUUUAAGCCACUUAAAGAACUACAAGGCCUGCAUGGGCUAAAAAAUUAAAUUCUUGUAUACUGAAGCAUUAUUUUUCAAUUGCACAGAGCUGUGAACCUGUACUUACUGGACUAAAUAAUUUACAAGAAAUAAAACAUGUUGCACUACCACUUUCCAUAAUUGGAAGGUACCUCUGCAAGCAAGAUUGUAUAGUACUACUGUUAAAAUUUGUAGAAUUGUUGAAAUGGGAGGGUGUUGAAGAAAAAAGUCUUAUGCUUUUAUUUCUGAGAUCUGUUUAGUUUUUAUGUAGAGCCAAGGGUUUCUAAUUGAGUCGGUUCUGCAGAGGAUGACAUGCUUUUCAUGAGCAGGGAUGCUAGUUCCUGCAGUUGCAUUUUAAUACAGUUCUGAGUCCUGCUAUAAAGGACGCGGUUAACAGGACUUGGCUUUCACUGUGAUAUUACUGCAUUGCAGGCCGUGUGAUUGAUAUUCAGUUUUACAAGACAAUGGGCUGCGUUUUUACUUUAUAUUCAUACAAGUGAAAUAGUGCAGCCUUGUUGAAAGACUGAUAUUUUUUUAAAAUUGACUUGACUUGCUAUGAAGAAAAAAAUGGACAUGUUUACAGACCUUAAGAAAAAUACCAAGAAUACUUGCAGUGUGCUACUUUGUACUUUAGACAAGUUCAGAAAAAUAAAAAAUAUUAUGGUGCCUCUGUAUGCUUUUGUCUU